AUGAUGACGGAAGAACCGUCGAACGGUGGCGACGUGGUCAUGGACGAUUCUGACCAAGAGAUUGUGGAGUCUCCUUCGCUAAUCAUUCCAAUCAAAUCGGCACCGGGCAGUGAUAACUUUGUGGAGAUCUUUCCUGAAGAAAUCACAGAAACAGCGUCCUCUAGUCUACUACAAGUAUUGAAAGAUGAAGAUGCGGAUCUUUCAGUAUGGGCUGACGCUGCCUUGCUCUACGUUCAACACAAACAACACGCUCGUGAUGCCUCGACUAUUUUGCAAGCUGGUUGCGAACGACCUGGGGGAUCUGAUGAAGAACGAGUCCGCCUUUUUGCAUCAGCUGGAAUUGCACACUUGACUCAUGCGCAAUUAACCGCGGGUAAGAAAGGCAGCACAGCCAAUGAUGACUUGAGCAGUAUGGCAGACAAUCACUUUACAAACUCGAGUAAAAUUGAUAAUCUGUAUCCCAUGACUUGGAUGGGAAGAGGAAUGCUGAAUCUAUCCGCUGGGAGAUUGGAUCAGGCUAGAUUUUUCUUCGAGACAACCUUGAAGGAAUACGAUCGGGUUCUUCCAGCUUUGUUGGGACUCGCUGCUGUCCUCUACUUGGAAAACAACUUUGUAGAGGCACAACGCACGUAUGCAGAAGCGAUCCGAAAGUACCCUCACAAGAGUGGUGCAGCAACUCGUGUCGGCUUUGGCUUGUGUUGUUACAAGCUUGGACAGGUUGAUCGUGCAAAAGCUUCCUUUGCUCGUGCAUUGGACAUCGAUCCCGAGAAUGUCGAAGCCAUGGUUGGGUCGGCUGUUUUGGAUAUGGCCAGUCUGGAUGAAUCCGAUUCCGAAUUCAAUGUCACCAUGGAGAAGGCUAUCAAGAUGAUGUCCAUGGCCAACUUGUUGGAUCACUCGAAUGCAAUGGUGCAGAAUCAUCUCGCCAAUCACUACUUUUGGAAGUGGACCCCAAUUCCAGGAUCAGCAAAGGUAGAACAAGGAUCGAAAUUGGUGGUGGGAACCCAACCGAUUCCACUCGACCCUGGAGAACGCAUUCGAAUCGGAACCGAGUUUGAAACUUACGUGGCAGAAGAUGUUGAAGAGGACGAAGAAGGAAAGUCCUUCCGAAUGAAGGACGAAUGGAAAGAAGCAACGACCAGUGGGCUAAAAGUCUGGAAGAAAGACUACGACCGCGUGGAAGCACUUGCAAAGGGAGCCUACAAUAGCACAAGUGUCCAGGAUAUUCAAGCCGAAUCGCUGUACUUUCUUGCUCGUGUUCAUCACGUCCGCGGAGACUUGCAGCAUGCCAAUCAAUUCUAUGAGAGAGCAUGCAAAUUGUCGCCAAGUUUGGGCCCAGCACGAUUUGGUUUGGCACAAACGCAAAUUGCACAAGAACAGUUUGGACAAGCUGCCAUCAAUUUGCAACGUGUUUUGGCAUCAUCCAAUACCGCAACAGAUGCUCUUGCUUCAUUGGGUCUUUUGGAGGUCAAGAGUGGGAAGAAGAUUAACGAAGGUUUGGGUCAUUUGAGAAAAGCCAUUGAUCUGGACCCAUUAAACCCAGAGCUUGUUCUUCUGGAAGCCCUAGCUUUGCAACAGCACGAGAGCAACUAUCCCAAGGCGCUAGACCGAUACAAGGGAGCAGUCAAGUUGAUGGAGCGAAGGGGAACACUGAUUCCACCCGAGAUUUACACCAAUAUUGGAGUCUUGUGUCAUGAAACGAAGAAGUUUGAUGAGUGCUUGGAAAUGUACAAAAAAGCGUUAGACUCUUUAGAUGGAAGUGAUGAAGACAAGAUUGUCACCAUGGAGAACACUGGACUGAAGGGUGGAGAGAUCCGCCACCCUGACAAUUACAUGUUCCAUGGUUACGUCGACACCAACUUUGCAAUUGAAUGCUUAGAAAAACAAGAGGAAAUCAGCAAAGUGAAUAUUGCCGAUUCGCAAGGCAAGACAGAGGCUGAUGUCCCAAUUGUUGUUGGCGAUCAUGUCAAGAUCGGCGAAUCCUUUGAAUCUGAGGUGACUGCAAUUUCGAAAGAGGGCGACUCUAUUGCCAUCGAAUUGAAGAAACCAUUCACAAACACGCCUCCCACAGAAGAAGAGAAAUCGGAAGAGAAAGAGGAUUCUGAGGCGAAAAAGGACAUCAAGCUCCCUGUUUUGGUGAAGCGUGAAAACAAUCGAAUGAAACGAUCUGCCACAAUUAGUAUCGCCUUCAACUUGGCGAGACUACACGAAGCCGCAGGCCGUACGCUUCCAGCUGUUGAACUCCACAAGGCAAUCUUAAAACGAAACCCUGCCUAUGUCAACAGUUAUCUCCGUCUCGCGUGUAUCGCAAUCGAUUGUGGUGCUUUGGAAGAGUGUGCUGGAUGGCUCAAGAUUGCAGCGAAGACUGCUCCUGGAAACCCCGAAGUCUUGACACUGAUUGGAAAUCUGCACCUUUCGCUUUGUGAUUGGGCUCCAGCUCAACAAGUUUUUGACGGUCUUCUGGCGAAAAAGGUUCCAAAUGUCGAAGCCUACGCCAUGUUAAGUCUUGGAAAUAUUUACUUUGCAAACCUGGAUACUCCAAUGAAAUAUGAAAAGUAUCUUAAGUAUUCGGCAGACUACUACAAGAUAAUCCUUACGAAGGACACAGCGAACGCGUACGCUGCUAAUGGGCUUGGUACUGUUCUUGCAGAAAAUGCUGAGCUCUUCAAAGCAAAGGAGGUUUUCAAUCGUGUCCGAGAAGUUAGUGGCGAUGUCAUUGCUGAUACACAUAUCAACUUGGGGCACAUUUACUUGGCGCAAAAGAAGCACCCUGAGGCACUUCAGAUGUAUCAGAGCUACCUGAAGAGAACGGAAGAUGGAACUGCACCAAUUUCGUCCAAGAGUCGUACAGAUGACAAAGUCACUGUUCUUCUGUACAUUGCAUUUGCGUACUUUGACUGGGCGCGGCAGGCAGAACUGUUCAACAACCAUAAGGCAGCACCAGCAGAUGACAGAUACAAAAAGGCGAUGGAACAUCUUGAGUUGGCAAUUUCCGAGAAUACAUCGAAAACGGUUCUGUUGACAUACAACUUGUGUAUGACAAAGUUGCAAGCUGCUAACUGCGUUUUGCAGAAGCUUACACGGAAUAUUCGGCGGACUGCCAAGGAAGUUGAAGAAGCAUUGAAUGGUUUGGAAAAAAGUCUGACUACUGUUGAAGAGAUUUUGGCAAAGAAGAAAGAUGGGUCGCUCAAGGUACCAAUUGCGACUUCGACGUUGGAUGACUUCUUGAACCAUUGUAGAAGCAAUAUUGACAGUGCCAAGUCACAUCUGGAAGAAGAAAGAAGGAGAGAAAAGGAGGCUAAUGAAUUGAAGGAAUUGCAACGUUUGGCUUCCGAGUCGUCACGAAAGCAGCAAGAGCUUGAAGAGCAGUUGAAAAAGGAAACGGAGGCGAAGAAGCAGGAAGAACGAGACUCAAAGGCACGCGAAAAAAUGGCCAAGAUCCAAGAUCUGCAAGCAGGUUGGGAAAUGGAAAAGGCAGCGACCGAGCAAAAGAAAUCAAAGAAGGCAAAGACUGCUGAAGCACCACCUGCGGAAGACGUUCUCUUCCCCGAGGAGGAGGAACCUGCGAAUACUAAAAAUCUGUUCGAGGACAGCGAUGAUAGUGACAAUGAAGCAGAGAAGCCAAAAAGCGACGAAGCUCCUGCUUCCAAGCCCAAUAGUACCACUCAAGAAGAUCUUUUUGGCGAAGACAGCAGCGAUGACGAAGAUGCUCCUGCAAAACCGAACAAAGAGCCCGAGAGCAACAAGAACACCACUCAAGAGGAACUGUUUGGGGAUAGCAGCGACGAAAGUGACGAGGAAUUGCAGCCUUCAAGUGCAAAGAGAUCAGCAGAGGAGCCUGAUGAACAACCUCAGAAGAAGCAGAAGAUUGCAGAAGAUUAA